GAACAAUUCGAUUUAUCAACUUUAUACACCAAACCCAAUAGAAUCUAUGAUUUAAGUAAUCUUAAAUCUUCACGAUGUAAUACAUUGGUUAUACUUUUUAUAUUCAGAAUAAUGAAAAGUGGAAAUUCAAGCCGUAGGUAGGAAAGGAAUAGGUGAAGUUGUCGUAUACAUGGGCAGUGGACUUGGGCCUUACCGAGAAGCCCGCCCAAUAGAAAAUGCAAUCGACAAAACUAUCUGAGACAGUGGAAACCCAAUCAAUCAGGCAGGGACGGACCUCAGCUGGUGGAGCUGAGAGGGAACUAAACAAAUGACAGUAUGUCAUGCAAGCUCUCCCCCAAUCCCAAUUGCUUUUGCUUAUCGCCAACAUCAGCGACCGUCGUCGGCACCAUCGUUUAUUCAAUGUGCACUGACGAAACAAGGCCACCGCUUCCUCUCCACUCUCUCAGUCAAAGCUGGGGAUUUCUCCGCCGCCCACAAGUUGACCGGAAAAUUCGUGGCAGGCUCACCUAAAUCCAUAUCUCUCAACGUUCUUUCUCAUCUCCUUUCUCCCGAAACCACCCACCCCCACCUCACGUCUCACUCCCUCCUCUUGUAUUCAAUGAUCAAAGAAGCAUCUUGGUUCGAGUUUAACCCGAAGCUAGUAGCAGCACUCGCCGCCUUGCUUGAUAAACAGGGUCGAUACAGCGAAUCGGAAGCACUGAUUUCAGAGGCCGUUUCGAAAUUGGAACAUCGACACCGAGAACUUGCUCUCUUCUACUGCAACUUGGUUGAAUCCCACUCUAAGCAAAGCUCGACGCAUGGCUUUGACAGUUCCUACACUCAACUGUAUCAGCUUCUUCGUAACUCUUCCUCUGUUUAUGUCAAGCGCAGGGCCUUUGAGUCGAUGGUUGGUGGUUUAUGCACGAUGGAUCGGCCCAGUGAAGGGGAGAGCAUAAUGGGGGAGAUGAGAGUCGAUGGUCUUAAACCUUCGGUCUUCGAGUUUAGGUCUGUGAUGUAUGGAUAUGGACGACUAGGAUUGUUGAGCGACAUGCUCAGAAUUGUGCACCAAAUGGAGGAUGAAGGGCUUGUGAUCGACACAAUAUGUUCAAACAUGGUUCUUUCUUCGUACGGAGCCCAUAAUGAUCUUCCCCAAAUGGUCUCGUGGCUUCAGAAAAUGAAAACUUCGAGUAUUCCUUUCUCAAUCAGGACGUAUAAUACUGCCUUGAACGCAUGCCCAACCAUUUCCGCAAUGCUACAAGACCUGAAGAAUGAUAACCCGCUCUCCAUGGAUGAGUUACAUGCGACUUUGAAAGGCAACGAGGUUCUGCUGGUUAAGGAGUUAGAAGGGUCACAAGUUUUGGAGGAGGCCAUGGUGUGGGAUUCUUCCGAGGUCAAAUUGGAUUUGCAUGGAAUGCAUCUGGGAUCAGCCUACUUGAUAAUGUUACAGUGGAUGGAAGAGAUGCAAAACAGAUUCAGGUUCAACAAUGAUGGCAAGCUUGUUGUACCAGCAGAGGUUGUAGUCGUCUGUGGAUCAGGAAAGCAUAGCAAUGUAAGAGGAGUUUCUCCGGUGAAAACCAUGAUCAAAGAGAUGAUGGUUCGGAUGAGGAGUCCCAUGAAAAUCGAUAGAAAGAAUGCCGGUUGUUUCAUUGCCAAAGGGAAAAGUGUGAAAGAUUGGUUGUGUUGAUCCAGAAAGUAAGGAAUCUUGCAACGAGUGUCUUCUCAUAAGAGCCUGAGCUUGGUUGACCAAUAUCAAAGAAGAGAAAUAAGCGCUCAAUCCUUGGGUUAUUCUCUCCAAACUUGAGAUAUCUGUAAGUCUGUCACCGUUAUGUAUUAUUUGUAUCAACCUUCCACGGUUCCACCUACACCAUUAAAAUGUAAAAUAAUGAGUUCUAUUAAAAACAGUUACAUCUCAUGUUUUUAUUGUUGAUUAAACUUGGUACAUCCAAAAGAACCAGAUUAUACAUGUCUUUUUAUUGUUUUGAAGAAAAAAUAUGACACCAAUUGUCUGUCA